AUACCUCUUUGGUCAAGGCUGUGUAGUAUGAUCACAGCAUGCUUUAAUUAUGCGCAGACUGGAUGUAUAAAUACUUGCCGCCCCGCUGCACCAACAGGGUCCAUCUUCACCUUCAAGUGUUCCUCCCGACGCCAUUCAACGUACUCCAACGGUUAUGUGUCGCAACAGCAAAUCCUCUUCUGGCCAGUCCCGCUUCGGACGUUUCUGGUUCCGCAGUUCACAGAGCGACAUAAGCACAGCGUCGUCGCCUCGUAGCUUUGAUCAAGAUUCCACGUCGACUUUCUCCAGUCCUACGUUGGUCAAUCAAAGCGCGGGCAGCAUCAGGAGCGCCUCGAAUGCGAGUAGCUCGUCUUCCGUACGGAUUGAUGAACGAGAAGAAGUGCGCGCUACAGAGGAGGUCGUCGCGCAAUGGCUAGCGUCACGGCGGCAAAGAGACCAGCCGGCGUAGUAAUCCUCUUGUAGCCAUGGAAAUGGAUCUCGGCUCGGUUACAGUAUGGCGUCACUUAGAAGGUUCGCACGAUUGAUAGAUGGAGUUUCUUGAGGAUGAGUGGAGGGUCGCAAUAUUGGGUACGACCGGCGGAUUAAUUAUUUGGGAAUCUAGCUUCAAGAAUGGAAUCAGUAGAUUUUGUUGAAGGCAAUCCAAUUGUAUAGGUAUAGAGAUCCAUUGCGAAGUAGGUUCAAACUUAA